CCACUACAUUCUGUAGCUUUAACAAUGCUUCAUGAUCCACUGGUCUAACUCUAAAAGACCGUGCACCACUCGUCAGCGUAACACAACGUGUAAAUCGAUUGUUGUGAAACCACUUGUUCUCUUCUUAAUUCAAAUGAACCAGGCCAGCUACUGUAAGCUCAAGUUUUUAGUGUAAGCACCCGCAGGCUGUCGCAACUUUCAAAAUAUCUUAGCGCUUGCAGGCGAACCGACACCGGAGAACAUCAGCAUCGAGUCGCGGUCCAUGAGGACCUUCACGCCGCCUUCAUCAACCACUUGAGGACACACAUAACCAAUUGUAUUUUAAAGCUAUACUUCUUACAGAAAACAACGAGAUGAAACCAUUGAUAUCAGACAGCCCAAGAAAUGGGGUUGAGGACGUAGGUGAGAGAGAUCAGAACAUGAACGUACAAAUACCAGAGGACAAUGUUCAAAUUGACGUUGAAAAAUGUUCGCAUCAUACAAAAUCUACAAUUAUUGAACAAAAUCCUGAAAACAGGAUGCAACCGAGUCCAGAACCACAGAAACCAACACAAGUCUCCUCAUUCCUUAUCAAAGAUAUUUUGGGAGAUGUUCAAAGGAAACAUGAGGCAAAUAGGGACAUAUUAGUAUCAACAAACUCUUCAUUUGUGAAACACUGUAAAGACAUUGAAAAUGAGGAAGAGAAAUUACAUGUAAGAUGUAAUAAAAGAAGAUAUUCAGAUAUGGAAGACGAAGACGAUGAGGAUGAGGAGAGUGGUGAUGAGGAAUCAGACUCAGCAAAGGACAAUGAGAUAUCCUCGAGCGAUGGUACACCAUCGAAAUCUAAGAAACCACGCAAAGCUAGGACUGCGUUUACAGAUCAUCAACUCAACACACUUGAACGCAGCUUUGAGCGACAGAAGUACCUGUCGGUACAAGACAGAAUGGAACUCGCAGCAAGCUUAGGCCUCACCGAUACUCAAGUCAAGACAUGGUAUCAAAAUAGAAGGACAAAAUGGAAAAGACAGACGCAAGUUGGUCUAGAAUUGUUGGCGGAGGCGGGAAACUACUCGUCAAUGCACCGUCUCUUCGCACCCCCGUUUUACUAUCACCCAACGCAGGGAAUCAUAUCAAACAUGGACGGGUUGUAUAGUAUCCAUCACGGUCAGCGUCCCGUAUUCCCGCGAGUGUUUCUACACGGCCUUCAGCAACAUGUCAACCAUUUGCCACUCGCCCCGAAAGCAAUUCAUCCACACUCACACUAAGUCAUAUUAGUUAAGGUCGUUUUUUUUUUUUUUUUUU